AUGGCAGCAGCCGAAGAGAGGAAAGACGAUCCCCGAAUAUAUUUGGUUUCAUGUCUGUUCCUUGUCUGUAUAAUAGGUGGCGGAGUGUUUCUAACCCUCCCGGUAACAAAAUCUACAGAAUGGUAUCCUGUUGCAGGACUCGUGCUUGUGGCCAUUCCAUGGGCGUUUUGGAUCGUAGUAUUCUUCUAUACAUGCUUCAAUCGAAAUUCCGGACCACCCGAUGAUGACAUUGAAUACUAUGCUGCCAAAAAGGGCAAUCAUGGAGAAGCAGCAGCGCCAGCAAUCGCGGCUAAGGCCCAGACUAAAGCCACCGCCGCAUCCGCAGAGUCCACACCGGUGGAUCCUCCGAGUGGUGGAAGCAGGAAUGUCCGUUUUGGAGAUGUAGAGACCCAUCCAGCCCCCGCCCGUGACGAGGAAGAGGGUGCCAUGGCAUCGACCUCAAGAGCUUCAAAGAGUGAAAAUCGCUCUUCUGGUUCGCGUGUGACUCCAUUUCCAUUCUAG